CAGAUUUUCUUGGCGAAUUCGCGAUCUGUUUAGUUCUGUUCGUUCAACGGCCACUGUCGCGUGCGCUAAUGAUUUCCCGUACGUGAUUGAAAAGGGGUUGUAAAGAGCAUGGCAAAGGUGCAUCCACAUAGUGUGCCCCAUUUCGUGGCAACAUUACAUAGCAUUUACUUAGUAUUGACACUUCUGAUUGCGUUGAAUUGCGUGCAAAUUGCAAGUGCAGAGAAGACAGAGAAGACAAAUGUCGGCCUAAUUUAUGAAAGCACCAACCCACAUAUGGAGAAGCUCUUUGAAAUGGCUAUCGCUAAAGCGAACGAGGACAGCGAUGGAGCCCUACAGCUGAGCGGCAUUUCUGUACCCAUCCAACCAGGCAAUGCCUUCGAAACGUCAAAGAAACUCUGCAAAAUAUUGCGGCAAAAUUUAGUAGCCGUGUUUGGUCCCACCACAGAUAUGGCUGCCAAGCAUGCGAUGAGCAUUUGCGAUGCCAAAGAGCUGCCAUUCAUCGAUACACGAUGGGAUUUUGGUGUGCAAAUGCCAACAGUUAAUUUGUAUCCACAUGCCUCACAGCUGGCGGUAGUGUUGAAAGAUUUAGUAGUGGCGUUGGAAUGGACGGAUACCUUCACAAUCAUCUACGAAACGGGUGAAUUUCUGCCUAUGGUGAAUGAAUUACUGCAAAUGUAUGGCACCAAUGGGCCCAGAAUCACUGUACGCCGCUAUGAGCUGGACUUGAAUGGCGACUAUCGUAAUGUGCUGCGACGCAUUAAAAAUUCCGGUGAUUACUCCUUUGUUGUAGUGGGUUCAACAGAAACGUUGCCUGAAUUUUUCAAACAGGCUCAACAAGUGGGCCUUAUGACUAAUGACUAUCGUUACAUAAUCGGUAAUUUGGAUUUGCAAACUAUGGAUUUGGAGCCUUUUCAGCAUGGUGACACCAACAUAACUGGCAUACGCUUGGUCUCACCGGAUACGGAAAGUGUGGAAGAAUUAGCAAAAGCAUUAUACGAAACGGAUAACCCUUUUCAAAAUGUGUCAUGUCCUUUGACCACCAGCAUGGCUUUGGUUUACGAUGGCGUUCAGCUGCUCGCAGAAACAUUCAAGCAUGUAAUGUUCCUUGCGGUGUCAUUAAAUUGUAACGACGCCAGCUCAUGGGAUAAGGGAUACACGCUCGUCAACUAUAUGAAAUCGCUAAGCUUAAGUGGACUCACCGGUGAAGUGAAUUUCAACUAUGAAGGCUUGCGUACAGAUUUUGCGUUAGAUGUUAUUGAAUUGGCCCCAUCGGGCAUGCAGAAAAUAGGCGAAUGGAAGACUGGGGUUGGCUUUAUACCUAAUCGACCACCACCCACGGUAGUGGAGCCGGAUCAACGCUCGUUGGUGAACAAGAGCUUCGUAGUUAUAACGGCUAUAAGUGAACCUUACGGCAUGCUAAAGGAGACUGCUGUCAAAUUGGAAGGCAAUGAUCAAUAUGAAGGCUUUGGCAUUGAGUUAAUCGAGGAGCUGGGUAAAAAAUUGGGUUUCUCCUACACCUUCCGCUUGCAAGAGGAUAAUAAAUAUGGUUCAUUCAAUCCGAAAACGGGCAAAUAUGAUGGUAUGAUGUUGGAAAUAAUCGAAGGGCGAGCCGACAUGGGCAUCACCGAUUUGACUAUGACAUCCAUAAGGGAGGAAGGGGUGGAUUUCACUAUACCGUUUAUGAAUUUAGGUAUCGCCAUCUUGUUUCGCAAGCCGAUGAAGGAGCCACCCAAACUCUUCUCAUUUAUGUCACCAUUUUCGGGUACUGUAUGGAUGUGGCUGGGCAUUGCCUACUUGAGUGUCUCACUCACGCUCUUCAUUUUGGGACGCAUUUCGCCAACAGAGUGGGAUAACCCGUAUCCAUGCAUCGAGGAACCCACCGAAUUGGAGAACCAAUUUAGUUUUCCUAAUUGCUUGUGGUUCUCCACAGGUGCCCUAUUGCAACAAGGCUCUGAAUUAGCGCCAAAAGCGUACUCAACGCGUACUGUGGCCUCAAUUUGGUGGUUUUUCACGUUGAUUUUGGUCUCCUCGUAUACCGCAAACUUGGCCGCUUUCCUGACGAUAGAAUCGCUGAGCAGUCCCAUUGAAAGCGCUGAGGAUUUGGCCGCCAAUAAGGGUGGUGUUAAGUAUGGCGCGAAAGUUGGUGGUAGCACAUUUACGUUCUUUCAGGACGCCAAGUAUCCAACAUAUCAGAAAAUGUACGAGUUUAUGAGUGAGCAUCCGGAAUAUAUGACAUCAACCAAUGCGGAAGGAGUGGAUCGUGUGGAAAAUGAUAAUUAUGCAUUUUUGAUGGAGUCCACUACUAUUGAGUAUAUCACAGAGCGACGUUGUAGUUUAACUCAAGUUGGUUCGUUGCUCGACGAAAAGGGUUAUGGAAUUGCGAUGCGAAAGAAUUGGCAAUACCGCGAUAUACUCAGUCAGGCUGUGCUGGAGUUGCAGGAGCAAGGCGUACUCACAAAAAUGAAGACAAAGUGGUGGAAAGAGAAGCGAGGUGGCGGUGCAUGCUCGGAUACAAGCAGUGAAGGUGGUGCAGUGGCCUUAGAGUUAAGCAACUUAGGUGGCGUUUACUUGGUAUUGAUAGUAGGUUCAUGCUUCGGUGUCCUAGUGGCCAUCCUUGAAAUGGUUUUGGGCGUGAAGGAACGUUCCGACGAGAAUAAGGUGUCCUUCAAGACCGAACUCAUCGAGGAGUUCCGCUUUGUUAUGCAAUGCUCGGGCAACACCAGACCCGUCAAGUAUCCAAAGAAUUCGAGCCGCAGCCGCAGUCGCAGUUCCCGUUCCCGUUCUCGUUCACAUUCUCGUUCCAGUUCGAAGGAUUCUUCAUUGUCGGUGGAUUCUAUGCCAAUGGAUGAGAGUAAAUUACAUCACAUUAACGAGCAUUCAAAGCACUCUAAGUGAGCGGGAAGGAAGGCCAAGGAAAAAUUUCAACUUCGAACUAUAAAUAACUUAUUUGAUUGUUUUGCUUUAGUGUUAAGUAAGUUGCACAUUGUUUUUGUUGUAAAGCCUAUAAAAGGUUGAUGUUACAAUUCAAUAUUUUCAAGAGUAGAGUGUCGCCAUUAUUUAUGUUAUAAUAUAAUACUUAAAAAUAAAUUGAAAUGUUACUCAACACUAUUAA